CGUGUCAGACGCUCGAAUAAAGGUCUUCGUCGCCGGCACACGCGUAGCGCCUAUAUAGAUCGCGCGCGGAUUGUGCAAUUUUGCGAAAUCGCGCGCGAUCGCGAUUAUCCUCUUCGCUUAAUAAGGGAAUUGUUAAAGAGAUCUACGCGCCGCGCGUUAUCAAUGCAAUUCCGACGAUUAUCCGUUAUCGUUAUCGCGCCGAAAGUUAAUCGGGGCGACGAUACGGUACACUCGCGUCGCGGAUAAAUGGAGAUAACGCGUGGGCGGGCACCUACAGGCGAUAGAAUUUCAUACGCAUUCGUACUUCGUACGGACGUGCGUUUACCGUUCGUCCUAUAGGCGCGAUCGCCGGGCCCGACUCGCCAAAAAUGGUUCAUCAUGUGCGGGGAUACGAGAACUUUCUCGAAUACGUGAAGGACCUGAGAGCCACGACGCCGAUCUACGUGCUCUACACCGGCACGAAGCUGGAGGACACCGGCAAGAGUUGGUGCUCGGACUGCGUGGAGGCUGAGCCAUUUAUUGAAAAAGGUUUCGAAGCAGCACCUGAGGGAACAUUAUUAGUGACAGUGGAGGUUGGAAACAGACCAUUUUGGAAAGAUCCGAAUUGUCCAUUCAGGACAAAUCCUGUUACCAAGUUGAAAGUCUUACCAACUCUGGCUAAAUGGGGGACUCAGAAACGUUUAGAAGGUGAACAAUUACUGAAACCUGAGCUUAUCGAUAUGUUACUAACAGAUGAAGACGACUAAAGAUAUUUUUAAUACAUAUAUUGUCUUUCUAUAUUUUUUACAAAAAGUUUAUACAGGAUGUUUCUUAAAGAUAAGAAGUCCUGAACCAUUCUUUUUAUAUAGUGCUCAAUAAAGUAGUAAUUAUUGAAUAAAGUAAAUCCAAUAUCAGCGCCGUCCUUUGGUCGGGUGAUAUGUCGGUAAGCCGUCUGAUAGUAUAGCGGCGAAGCGGUGCUUACGCUUUAUUAAACAUAGAAAAAGAUUCAGAAUUUCUUGAUUCAAUUUUUUACAAGGAGUAGCGCUAUGCAAUUAGUGGGCGCUCUUUAAUAAACAUCCUGUAUAUAUUGAAUUAUAAACAUACAUAAACUA